AUGUCGGAACCAAUCAAGCGGGCAGCCGAGAUCGCAGAGACUUCUCAACCUAAGAAGGUCCACUUGGACGACAGACUGGACCAAAAGGGCUAUGCUCCAAUCAAAGCGGAAUUUAUCGUGGAGAACACCCUUCAGGACUACGAUGAUGAGGCUGCUGAAACAGGAGACAGAGUGAAAGACGACAGAUCCAACAGAUCGAAGAAGGGUCGUGGUCAGAAUAAGAAGCGUGACUUGAAACAACGCAGGGAGGAGCUUCGCUUGUGUUCGGCGGUGUUGAACCCUGCCGCCAUGAGGGAGUGUCCAUUUGGCGAAAAGUGUACCAAUACUCACGACAUAGAUCUUUAUCUCAGCAAGAAACCCGCCGACAUUGCUGGUACUUGUCCUGUUUAUGAUGCCAUUGGCUACUGUCCCGCUGGUCUCAAGUGUCGUUGGCUCGGGAGCCACUACGACCCUGCUACCAAAGAGGUGUUGAAACUGGAAGAGAAAAUCGAGCUUGCAAAGAAGAACGACUACGAGCUCAACAAGAUCAACCCUGAAAGCAGAGUGAAACUUCAAAAGAACAAGUAUGAUUUCGUUAAAGCUAAUCCAUAUGUUAAGUAUUUGGACACCUUGGUCCAGAGUGAGGCCAACAUCGCCAAAAGACAAGAAGAUGUCAAGAACAACGUUUCCACGUAUGUCGAGCCUCCAUUCACCCCAGCCGAGAAAAAGCGCAUCGAUUUGAAAGGCGCCAAGAUCGUUUCUCCCUUGACAACUGUGGGUAACUUGCCUUACCGUCGUCUCAUGAAAACUCUUGGAGCCGAUGUCACCUACAGUGAAAUGGCACUUGCACUUCCAAUUCUUCAAGGUGCAAAGCCCGAGUGGGCGUUGCCUAAAGCUCACUCGUCAGAGUACCCCGGCUUUGGUGUCCAAAUCGCUUCCAACCACCACCAACAAGCCACCAAGGCUGCCGAGGCACUUGCUAACGAGACUACUCUGGUUUCGGAGCUCAAUCUUAACUGUGGAUGCCCUAUUGAUUUGCUCUACCGCCAAGGCCAAGGCUCUGCUCUUUUGGAUCAACCCUCAAAAAUGGUCCGUAUCUUGAAUGGUAUGAACGCAUGCUCGGGCGAUAUCCCUGUCACAGUAAAAAUUAGAACAGGUACAAAGGACCACAAGAACACUGCGGUGUCUUUGGUAUCGCGUGUUUUAGAAGAGACUCAUGUCGCAGCCAUCACUUUGCACGGUCGUUCCAGACAACAGAGAUAUACCAGAGAGGCCGACUGGGACUAUGUUGCUGAGGUCGGAAAGGUAGUCCAAGACUGGAACAUCAAAAAGCAAGACAACAAAGACUUGCAAGACACUCCUCCAACCUGGUUUGUUGGAAACGGUGACUGUUUCACAUACGAGCAAUGGCACAGUGCAGUCAACACAGAGGGUAUCGACUCUGUCAUGGUUGCACGUGGUGCUUUGAUCAAGCCAUGGAUCUUCGAGGAGGUUGAGGCUGAACAGUACUUGGACAAGAGCGCUACCGAGAGACUCGAGCACAUGAGACAAUUCGCCAACUACGCGGUGGACCACUGGGGAUCUGAUGAAUAUGGUAUUGAGAAUGCCAGAAGAUUCAUGUGUGAGUUCAUAAGUUUCACACAUAGAUACAUUCCGGUAGGGAUCUUGGAGAGACUCCCACCUAAGCUUAACGAGAGACCACCUAAGUGGAAGGGAAGAAACGAGUUGGAGACGCUUUUGGGUUCGACCGAUUACAAGGACUGGAUCAAGAUCACUGAAAUGUUCCUUGGCCCCGCCUCGCCAAACUUCCAAUUCACCCCAAAGCACAAGAGCAACUCCUACAACUAG